AGAUUUCCUGCUGAAGUAGACUAUUCCUCCACUGAUGAUCCAAAUGUAUAGAGGGAAAAUGAACUGUAGCCAAGUCUUCACGUAGGCAUCCAUGCCAUCAUAGAAACACACUGUGACUCCAAAGUCCAGAUUCAGCCAUGCAAUGAAGGCAGUCCAGGGUCUAGCGUGAGUGUCAGAAGGGAAGAACAGGUCCAGGUUGACUUGUACAAUGUUGGCAUAGAAGAUGAGUCCAUUGAGUGUUCCUUCAGCCACAGUGAGGUUGAGCAGAGUCAGCAGAACCACCAGCAAGAUUCCGGCCACAGCACACACUGCCGUCAGUCCAAUGACUCUGAGGUACCGGACAUACCUGUGAGGUGUACUGCAACCAGCCAGACACUGAGAAGACCCAAACCCCAAACUG